AUGGCGAAGGCUGCUGCGGUUUCUGUAUUCCCCAUUUCCAGGCGCAGGCCUCCCCCAUCUGAGCCAAAUGGCGCAGGAGACUGCGGUGGGAAGGAAGGGCUGCCCAUGAACUACACCAUGUCUACAGGGGGCCCUUCGCAACAGCAGCAUAAACAGGCGCAGCAGCAACAGAAACAACAGGAGCAAUGGCACACCGCAGUACAGGCAAAAGAGCAUGCAUUAUCAACAAGCAAGCCCAAGCCUGCUGUUGUGAAAGAUUUUCUUUCUCGUCUCCCGAGCGUCUACUCCGUUAAUGAAGGCUCGGCGGCGGACCUAGACACCACUGCAGCAGAAGAAACAUCAAGAGCAGCAGCAGCAACAGGCAGCAUGAAUUAUUCUGCCUGCGUUUCUUGGGAGCUACAGCAGCUGGCAGCAGACGGCGAGCUGAUAAUGCAUAUCGUGCGGCGCCUGGAGGCUUUAAUUGCAUGCAGAGAAGAGGCCAAUGGGGCACUGAAGGAUCUUGUCGCGGAACAGCGAGAGGAACUGACAAAACCUGCCUCUAUCUUGAGCGAGUUGCGUCUGUCCUUGGAGCGGUUGCGUUUUGAUGCGGCUUCAGUCCGCCUCUGCUUGUCUUCCAUUCGCCAGUGCCGCUUGCUUCCUCCUUUGUUCAUUGUUGAAAAGCAGCAGCAUAAGCAGCAGCUGCAGCAGGAGUUGAAGCUGCUGCUGCGGCUCCAGCAGCUUGAAGCGGCAACCCUGGCUGCUGAAAGCUGCAGCAGCAGCAGCGGAGCAGCAGCAGCAGCGCAACUGCCGCUACAGGCCGCGCUGCUUAUGGAGGCCGCUGCGCUGUCAUCUUUAUCUUCUUCUCGGGACUUGAUGACAAACGCAAACUUACAGCCUAGCCUCCAGCAGUAUGUACACGAAACCAACCAAAAGCUGAAGCGGCUUCUGGAGGGGCUGAAGGCGGCUUUGAGUUGUGCACUUCAAACUGCUGCGCGUUCCCUCCCCCCUCCCGCCUGCGGCUGCGGUUGGAGGAGACCAUGGAUUGUUGCAGUGACACAUCAAGAAGCACCCACAGCAGCAGCGGCAGCAGCAACGGCAGCAGCAGGUAAUCCAGCAGGAGCAGCAGGGAAAGACACAUGGAGCCUGUAUCUGGCGGCUCUCGGAGCUUAUUCGCUGCUGCCGCCUUCAUUCUCUGUAGGGGCUGCGGUUUCCGCUGCAGCCGCCGCCGCCGCCGCAGCGGCAACGCGCCAAGUGCUGUUUGCUUUUGUGCCUGCUGAUGCUGCCGCAUUUUCUGAGGCUGAAAUAGAUGGCGUGGACAUCCUUCGUAAGCGUUUGCUACUGCUUCCGGAGCCUGGGGCGUGCGCCGCAACCGCUGCUGCUGCCGCUGCUGCUGCAGCUGCUCUUGCGGCGGGUGGAGGCGGCGGGGCAGAUCUGUUGGGUCUCCUCUCUGCAGGAGAGUUGGCUGCUGCUGUAGCAGCUGCUGAUGGGGUGUCUUGCGUAAUGAGCGUUUUGGGGGUCCUGUUCGAUUGUCUGGUAGGCGCAGAGGCACUCAGCCGCUGGCACGCCAGGGAAGGUCUGCGGGCGCUCCAGCACGUAAUGAACGAUCAACACAGACGCAGACACUAUCUGCAACACCAGGUCGUAGAGCAGCAGCAGGAGCAUGGGGAGAACAAGGAUGGGUGCCACAUCACCAUGCCAACUCCCCCUACACCCGGCUGCUGCUGCAGCAACUGCAGCAGCAACAGCUCCAGUCGCAGCGACUGCCGCAGAGAAGGGAACAACAGUUGUUGCUUCAGCAAGGGGGAGGCAGAGAGGCCUACGGUACACCAACUCGCUGCAUCUGCAAAAGAGCGCCUUCGGGGUUUGCCAUCGUUGCUGCGUCUGGGGCUGUUCCUGCUGCAGGUAAGGCAGCAGCUACUCCAGCAGCGGCAGAGUCUGUGGCUGCGGCUGCAACAGCAACUGGUAGAGGUGCUGGCUGCAGUCCCCUUCAGCUUGGGCAGCGCUGCUGCUGCUGCUGACUUCGUUUCUUUGGUCGUGGCAGUGCAGCAGUUCAAAGCAGCAGGCGACGCCUUCGCGGAUGCAAGAGAUGAUAAGCAAGAGAUGAAUCUUGCUACAGCAGCAGCUGCUGCGGUUACUGCUGCUGCUGCCUACGCAGGCGAACGGGAGGCAGCAACCUCACCAAAAGGUCGGGGCGCAACAUCACGGACAGACACAGAUGCAGCCGAAGCAGCAGUGGCUGCGGACACAGCAGCAGCAGCUGCAGCAGCAGGAAUGGAUGCGGAGGCCUCGGUGCCGUGCCAACACACCAGUAGCAGUACCAGCAGCAAGUUGUCGAAUGUGUUGCUGCUGCGUGCGGAAACUGCUUUGCAGCAGCUUGAAGAAGCGUCGGUUUCAAAACUGCUGCAGCAGCUGCAGCGCGAGACGUGGGAGAGGCAGCCUGUUGGGGGCCACUUGCCCUUGCUGCUGCUGCAGGGAGCGAACAGACCCGCCUCUUCUUUGUUGCAGCGAUGGAGAUCUUUCAUAGGCGCAAAUAUAGCGGAAGAAGCAGCAGCAGCAGGAGAGGGCAGAGCUAAGAUGUGCAGCCGGUGUGGAGAAGAGGUCAGCAUGUUUACAAUUACAAACCCUUUCGCGCGCUGGCAGCCUGGGAGACCGUUUGCUGCGGCAGGUUCAGCACCAACGGCUCAUUGUGGGCCCUCCUUGCCCCAUCGGGACGGGCAGCAUCUGCUGCAGUUGCAGCAACAACAGCAGCAGAGGGAGUCCUCAGCCGCUGCUGAGCUGGCAGCCAUAGAAAUGGAGUUGAGUGCUGCAGGUUCUGCAGCUAAUUCGUGGAGUAAGCAGCGGCGGCUUCCUGUUGUGGUUGCCGCAACUGCUGUUGUAAUUGAGGGUUUGCAGGGGUCAUGGGGAGUGGCUGCUGCUGCUGCUUCUCCGGCAGCAGCAGCAGCAGCUGUGAGCUCGAUGCUGCGGCUGGUGAGACUGUACGUUGCCGCUGUUGCUGCAGCAGCGCUGCCUCCUGGAGUCUGUGGUGUACUGGCAGGUCUUCAAGCAGCUGCGCCUUCGGGUGAGGGUGAUCGCAGCAAACCCCACAGCAGCCGGAUUAACAGCAGCAAACCGCCAGCUCUCAAUACUCCCGCUGCAGCAACUGCAAAACACCAGGAAUCAGACCCCCAUGUGCAUCCUCUGCUGCUUCUGGGAGAGGUGGAGACCUUCAAACGUCGUCUACCCCACUUCUGCUGGCUGCUGCGGCAGACAGAGAAGGAACUCUGGCCCCUAUACAAACAACUCAAACAAACCGUCAAUAAUAACAGCAGCAGCAGUGGUGGUGGUAAUGAGACACGGGGCAGCAGGCAGCAGCAGCAGCAGCAGCAGCUCGAGCCGCUGCUGUUGCUGGAGUUGGUGCAGCCGAUGAGCCGACAGAACAGUCCAGGAGCCCUUUGGGCGUUGCCGGAAAAAGUUGCUGCUGUUGAAUCUGCUGCAGAAAUCCUCGCUGCGGUGGCGCUGCAGCUUGAAAAUCACGGUCUCUCCAAUGCAGCAGCAGCAGCAGCAGCAGCAUCCGCAGAACCAACAGAAUUAGGUGCAGGAACGCACCCUGCAAACGCUUCCAGCCUGGGGCAUCAUCAGCAACAGCACCAACAACCUGAACAGUCAGUGACGGGUGUGUUGAGUGGUUUAUCUGCUGCAGAAAAGCAGCAUUUGGUUGAUUCUCUCGCUACCACCAGGCGGGCACUAGAGGACCUGCGUUGCCUUGUCUACCGAAUCGCUGCUGCGGAUGUUUGCUGCAGCUCUGCCUUCACUGCUGCUCUAAAACGUGCAGCAGCCGACACUGGAACAGAAUGGCCUGCUGCUCCUGCUGCUGCUGCCGGUGGUGUGCCAACAUCAGGUGCCGCAGGAGCAGAUUGUGUGCCCCCAAAAUACGCUGCUGCAAUCCGGCAGCAGCAAAGUUUGCUGCGAGACGUGUACUGGAAGCUGCGGUGUGCAGGGGGUGGCAGCAUUCCGCUGCUGCUUCAGCAGCAGCUAUGGAGGCACAUUUUAAGUCAAACCAUUUCAGAUGCUGCUGCAGCAUUUGCGGUGCUCCCCCUGCCUGUCGAUGCACCCGAACGCUGCUUCGCUGCGGGACCUCUCGUCGCCAUGGCAGAGGCUCUCAAAGAUAUCAUUAGAGAAGCCAAUAAGCAGCACGACAAGGCCGCUGCUGCUGCGGCUCGUGCACCAGCGGAAGCACCAGCAGAUGCUGCAAGAAGCGCCUUGUCGCCUCUGGACGUGGAGGAGAGUGACUUCGACAUUCUUGUAGAUGUCUGCUCCAGACCUGCUGCAGAACAGCAGCAGUGGUGUGAGCAGCAGCAGAACAGCAUGUUGCUGCUGCUUCCACAGCUGCAGCAGCACAUGCUGACCCGACUAGAGCAGCAGGGCUUGCUGCAGCGGUGA